GCGGGCGGGGCGGCUCGGGCCGAGCCCAGAGCUCCGGGCGGUCGCAUUGUUUUCCUCCGCGGAGCCGCGGCGGGAGUGGGGGCUGUGACCCGGACCCAGGACUCUCGAGACCCAGUAGCGCCCCGGAACCGAGAGCCAAGGACUCUCCAAUCGGGACGCCCAUCGCGUCUCUCCCGAGCCCCAACCCCGGAUUGCGAACUCCGCGCGGCGCGGGGCUCCGGCCGCUCGCCGCGCCCUGGAUGGCACCGACCCGCCUCGGCGAGCAAGUCAGAGGUCUCCUGUCCCCCUCCAUCCCCGCAGGAGCCAACAUCCCAGGUGCUUCCCCGUUGUCCUGGUUCCGGGGGCUGGAGGAGGAUGCCGUGGCUGCAGACCUGGGGCUGGACUUUCAGAGAUUCCUGACCUUGAACCGGACCUUGCUGGUCGCAGCCCGGGACCACAUCUUCUUCUUUGACCUUCAGGCCCAAGAAGAAGGGGAAGGGCUGGUGCCCAGCAAGUACCUGACAUGGAGGAGCCAAGGUGUGGAGAACUGUGCCGUUCGGGGAAAGCAGACGGAAGAAUGCUACAACUACAUUCGUGUCCUCGUUCCCCGGGACUCCCAGACACUCCUCGCUUGUGGAACGAACUCAUUCAACCCCAAGUGCCGCAGCUACGGGAUAACUUCACUGCAGCAGGAGAGUAAGGAGAUGGAUGGGCGGGCUCGAUGCCCCUUUGAUGCCACCCAGUCCAAUGUAGCCAUCUUUGCAGAGGGCAGCCUGUACUCAGCCACGAACACAGACUUCCAGGCCAGCGACCCUGUGGUUUACAGAAGCCUUGGGCCUCUGCCCCUGCUCCGCACUGCCAAGCACGACUCCAAGUGGCUCCGAGAGCCACACUUUGUCCACGCCUUGGAGCACGGAGACCACAUUUACUUCUUCUUCCGAGAAGUCUCUGUGGAGGAUGCCCGGCUGGGGAGGGUGCAGUUCUCCCGUGUGGCCCGUGUGUGUAAACGUGACAUGGGCGGCUCCAGCCGGGCCCUGGACGGCCAGUGGACCUCCUUCCUGAAGCUGCGGCUCAACUGCUCUGUCCCUGGGGACCCCACCUUUUACUUUGACGUCCUGCAGGCCUUGACUGGGCCCUCGAGCCUGCAUGGCCGCGCUGCACUCUUUGGGGUCUUCACCACCCAGACCAAUAGCAUCCCGGGCUCUGCAGUCUGUGCCUUCUACCUGGAUGUUAUUGAACGUGGCUUUGAGGGCAAGUUCAAGGAGCAGAGGAGUCUGGAUGGGGCUUGGACACCUGUGUCUGAGGACAGGGUCCCCUCACCCAGGCCCGGAUCCUGUGCGGGCGUGGGUGGAGCUGCCUCGUUCUCCUCCUCUAAAGACCUUCCUGACGACGUCCUGGCCUUCAUCAAGGCUCACCCCCUGCUGGACCCCGCAGUCCCCCCUGCCAUCCAGCAGCCUCUCCUCACCCUCACCAGCAGGGCUCUCCUGACGCAGGUAGUGGUGGAUGGCAAGGCCGGGCUCAAUGGCAACGCCACGGUCCUGUUCCUCGGCUCGGAGGACGGGAUGGUGCUGAAGGUGCUGCCCCCCAGCGGCCGUCCCAGGCCUGAUCCCAUCCUAUUGGAAGAAAUUGACGCCUACAGCCCUGCCCGGUGCAGUGGGAAGCAGGCAGCCCAAACAGCACGACGCAUCAUAGGGCUGGAGCUGGACACCGAGGGUCACAGGCUCUUUGUGGCUUUUUCCGGCUGUGUCAUCUCCCUCCCUGUCAGCCGCUGUGCUCGGCAUGGGGCCUGUCAGAGGAGCUGUCUGGCUUCUCAGGAUCCAUACUGUGGAUGGCAUAGCUCCAGAGGCUGUGUGGAUAUCAGGGGACCUGGAGGGGCCAAUGUAGAUCAGGCUGGAAACCAGGACUCCAUCCAGCAUGACGACUGCCAAGGUAAACAGAGGGCCGGCUGCAGUGGCCCUGAUGGCCGCAAACAGCAUCUUGGGCGUGGGCUUUUGUCUUUCUCGACUUCUGUGUGGCAGUCACUUCCAUCAGUUCUUCAGGUAGCCUCCCCCUUCACCCCAUCUCUGACUGCUUCACAGAUGGAGCCACUGGGAGUCAGUCUGGUCCCGGGGAUUCCGCUUACGGUAAGUCCUCUUGUCCCAGCUUCAGCUGCCCUCGCUUGGCCCGCACCCCCAAGUCUGUGCCCCAUGGCAGCAGACCAGCAUCUGGACACACUGAGAGUCUCAGGCGAAAGUAUAGCUCAGUGCCUGGCACACAGAAGGAUGUGCAGUAGUUUUUUUCACAAAGGAAAGAAUGUCCCCAGGGUGAGCCCUUCUCCACUCCCAGAGGAAAGUAGACCCUGGAGUUCGGAACUCUUGGGUUCCAAAGCCAGGGGACUCUGGGAGGGUAUUCGGUGGAGAGCGGGAGCCUCACGGGCUCCGACCUGGUCUCUGUCACCAGUGCUUCUGGGUCCUGGCCCUUCCCCUGAGGCCCCCAGGCCCCCCAGUGAUGCCCCGCUGGGGCCCCAGGCUUCCACUCUUGGAGCUCACACGCAGGGCGUGCGCCGGGACCUCCCCGCGGCCUCACCCUCGCGGUCCGUCCCCGUCCCGCUCCUCCUGGCCAGUGUGGCCGCAGCCUUCGCCCUGGGCGCCUCCAUCUCUGGCCUCCUGGUGUCCUGUGCUUGUCGCCGCGCGCACCAACGAGGGAACAAGGACAUCGAGACCCCGGGGCUCCCGCGCCCUCUCUCCCUCCGCAGCCUGGCGCGGCUGCACGGGGCCGGCGCGGAGACCCCACCGCCAGCCAAGGACAGCGACGCGGCGCAGACGCCGCAGCUCUACAGCACCUUCCUGCCCCCGCCGGACGGCGGGCCCCCGCCCGAGCUGGCCUGCCUCCCCACGCCGGAGUCCACGCCCGAGCUGCCGGUGAAGCACCUCCGCGCGCCCCCGGCGCCCUGGGAGUGGAACCAGAACGGGAACAACGCCAAGGAAAGCGCGGGCCGCGCGCGGGGCGGCCACGUGGCAGGCGGGCCCGUGCCGCGCGUGCUGGUGAGGCCGCCGCCGCCCGGCUGCCCGGGGCAGGCGGUGGAGGUCACCACGCUGGAGGAACUGCUGCGCUACCUGCACGGCCCGCAGCCACCCCGCCCCGCCGCCGACCCUGCCCCCUUCGCGCCGCGCGCUCUCUCGCCCGAGCCCAACCCCCUGUCGCGCGAGAGCGUGCCUCCCCUGCGGCUGGACGUGCCCCCGGACGGCGGCUGCGCGGGGCGGCCCGCGCUUUCCGCCCCCGCACCCCGGCUGGGCGUCGGCACGAGCCGCAGGCCUCCCUUCCCCACGCACCGCGCGCCCCCCGCGCUGCUCACGCGCGUGCCCUCCGGCGGCGCCUCAAGGUACUCGGCAGGGCCGGGCCGGCACCUCCUCUACCUGGGCCGACCCGAGGGUUUCCGCGGCCGCGCCCCGAAGAGGGUGGACGCGGAGAAGCCACCGCCGUCCCCGAAGCCGCCCCUGGCCGUGCCCAGCGGCGGCCACUUUAACUUCUGAGGGACAGAUGGCCGCCGGCCUUCCGCGACCCCCUCCAGCCUCCCUGGACUCCGCGAGUCUCCGGGCUCUCCUGCUUCGGGUUAUUUAUUGACUGUCCCCUGUUCUCGAGAGAGGAGUGGGAGCGCGGCGCCAUACCCCGGUGAGCCAGCGUCUUAGGGGCGGUGGCUCCCACUCCCCCCUCCUCCCUCCGCCAAGCUGCCUUAACUCGCCGCCCCGCCUCCUCACGGCCGGGCCGCACCGAGGGCGGAUGGACGCACGGCCGGGCCGGGCCGGGCCACACAGUGCCGAGCUCCCGGGCCCUUGGGCCUGGGACGUCCCCUCCUACUAUGUAGGAGCCCCAGCCGAGUCCCUGGGCCGCCACCUGCUUGCGCUCGACGGGGCCGGGGCGGGACGCAGCUUGGCUUGAGCGCCCUCCCGGGUAACGGGGCGGCUGCGGCCCCGGGGUUAAUUAGGAAGCGUUGCAGCAGGAGGUCGGCAGAGCACCGUGCGUGCGCGGGCCGGGGCCCCGGAGACCGCGGCAGAGCAUUGAGGCCGGGUGCUCAGCCUCGUCCACGGCCCGGGCAGGGGAUGUUGGCAGAAAUAAAACCAAGCUGCAGCGUGA